AUGGCUCCGAUCAAAAUGAAGCAAUCGUCAAAUCACACGGCGCAAACCCUAACAUCUGCUACUUCAUCACAAGAAGCGCGUCUUCUUGUCCGUGAAACGCUGCGCAUAAGCGCUAACUUGGCUUCCUCUCCUGCUCCUGCUGCCAAUCCACACUCGCUCGCUCAAUCUUCCUCUCCGUCGGUUGAUCAUACUAGAAGAUUGGGUCUUGUCGAAGACGAAUUCGUCCAUUCCAGUUUGAGGUUGAUUUGUUGUGAGGAAAUUGAUGGCCGGAGAUGGAAGUAUGUUGCUGAGACAGACGGCUCUGGACUGUUCAAGAAGAAUUCUAUUCGUGCUGUGGGCUUGCAGUCUCCGCAAGCUCCCGUUGAGGAAUUGAUGACAUUCAUUAGAUCCUAUGUAGUUCCCGAAGGUUUCCCUGAUAGUGUUAUUCCGUCUUAUGUGCCAUACAUGACUUGGAGAGCUUUGAAGCAUUUCUUUGGCGGAGCCAUGGGUGUUUUCACAACGAAAACCCUUUUGAGUUCAGUUGGAGCCUCUAAGAGCCAAGCUAUUCCGGGGGCUGUUGCUAUCAAUUGGAUUCUCAAGGAUGGUGCCGGUCGUGUUGGAAAAAUGCUUUUUGCACGGCAAGGAAAGAAAUUUGAUAAUGAUCUAAAACAGCUGCGAUUUGCGGGAGACCUUCUCAUGGAAUUGGGUGCUGGGGUGGAGUUGGCAACUGCAGCAGUCCCACACCUUUUUCUUCCUUUGGCUUGUGCUGCUAAUGUGGCAAAGAAUGUUGCUGCUGUAACUUCAACAUCAACUCGUACACCAAUUUACAAAGCCUUUGCCAAAGGAGAAAACAUAGGGGAUGUCACUGCCAAGGGAGAAUGUGUUGGCAAUGUGGCGGAUUUGUAUUUGUCUCACCUGGAUGUUAAUUUAUGGGAACUUGUGCCUUUGGAAGCUGGGAACUGGGCUGAGCAUACUGAUCUCAAAAAGAAAUCCAUCCCUGGUUACUACAUUUGCGUUACUUUCAUGUGGGUAUGUCCUCAGCUCUUACCAAGAGGGCGAGUUCCCUCAUUGCAUGAGGGGAAUGUGAAGGAAGAUAUAUUCAAUUUUCCGUGGUUGAAAGAGAGGUCUAUCUCUCUAGGACCAAGGUUUAAAGAUGCGUUUCAAGAUCCAAGAGCAUAUCUUGCCAUUGAGCCUCUCUUCGAGAGGGAGAGAUAUAUAGUGACGUACAAUCCAUCAAAGGAUAAAGUGUAUGCAUUGCUCAAGGAUCAGGCGAAGUCAGAUGACGUUAUAAAAGCAGCAUUCCACGCCCACGUGCUUAUGCAUUUCAUACAUUCAUCAAACAACAGUGGCUCUUCACACGAAAAGCAGCGGGGAUAUGGUCAUUCAAACUAUAUUCUCUCAGCUGCUGAUCUUGAGUCUCAUAUCGCUGAGUCAUGCAAGAUGGUCUCCACCUUGUAUGGUCCUUUCAAGAGUAAAGCUGCAGAACAGGUGCUCACGUCUAAAGUGUUCAGACGACAUCGGAUACUCCGGAAAGGUCAAUCACCAAACCGUGGAAACGAUGCACUUAACCAAGAGCCAAACAAUAGAUGGUAG